CCUCACGACAAGCCAUCAUAGUUCCUCCUUUAUUCGGCUGUCGCCGCGCACGCAGUGCAUUGCGUCGUGCCGGGCGGCGUAUGCCCUCAACUUAGCUUAAUCGUCUACUCUAGUAUUUUCUCUCACCGGCUAUCCGACUCCAUUACCUCUUACAACCGCCAGCGAUUUCGAGGACACCAACAUGUCAUUGUCACUCUUGGGCCUAAUAUUCCUAUUACUCUUUUUCGUCGCACGUGCGGCUCUUUAUGUUAAUCAGCCUCUUUCAGGCUCGACAUGCUACGGCGGGCAGCCGUGCACAAUUGCUUGGGUAGAUGACGGCGAGAGCCCAUUAUUAAGCGACAUCGGUGCUUGUUACGUUGGGCUCUACUACGGGAAUGGCGAUCUGAUCCAGGAAAUCGAGCCGGUCAAUGUUGCGGAAAUACAUUCCCUCAGUUUCACGCCCGAUUCAGCCGCGGGGUCCGAUUCGAGCUUGUACUACGUCAACUUCACCUCCGUGGAGCUCAUAAUAAACUCUACGUACUACAUGCAGUAUUCGGUUGACUUCGCUCUGUCGUCGAUGUAUGGCAACCUCGCGUCCCACGUUGCAAGUGACACUGCCGCAAUACCUGUCCCAUCGAGCGUUCUCAGCCCCGGUGUCGACUCCGUCUCGUCUACGGCUACGAUCACGAACUCGUUCUCGACAACGAUCUCGCUGCCGUCCAUCUCUGUCGCGACGAGCGUGAGCAGCAAUACCGCAUCGUCGACGUCCUCUGGGCUGUCCAGGUCAUAUUCGGCGAGCUCGACUGCAUCUGAAUCAUCACCGUCGACGUCGACUGUCACUUCAUCUGCUCUACGGUCUGCACAAUGUCCCUCAGGCGCAUUGUCUCUCAUUGCGAUCACGGGCCUUAUGUUAACUUGUCUUUUGCAUCUGUAGUUUUUUUGCCAUCGCUUUGUAUUGACUCUUUUCUGAUCGGAUGGAUAGCUUUGGGUGGUCAUACGUCGAGUUUUGUCGCACUUACAUUCGAAUUAUUCAGUCGUCCAUCAUUCGAUUGCGUAUACCCACGACCCGGUCAAUAGCUGUCGCUGUUAAUGGACGUUGUUAUUGAUUAGAUAUUAAGAAUUCGCGC